AUGGGGCUCAGGAAGCCCAAGUCGGAAAAAGACCUUCGGGGCAAGCUGCGCAAGCCGCGUGCGUCAGAUGAGGCUUCGACAGCGUCGAGCCGACAUCAACGCCUCCCUUCCGUCCCCCCCAUCAUCCCCCUUCCCUCGCAUAUCGCCCGUAUCGCCCCCGUACCCACCCAUAUCCCCACUUCGCCCACUCUCCGACCCCGUCAUCCCGCCAAACGAGCCGUACAUCACCACCGGCGCUCCAGAUCCUUCUCGACGCUUACAUCUAUGAUCUCGCCUACGCUCUCUGCAUUCUCCGAACAGCCCUGGCGGUCGCGGGACGCGUGGCUCGCCAUACAUGCCAGACCGUCCUCUCCUCCGCCGGUGACUGUACUGCCUACUGCCCCCGGAGGGUCCGAUAAGGGAUGGAGAAGGAAAGGGAAUGGAGGGUUCUUUGCGAGAGAGCUGGCGGGGGUGGGGGAGGCGGCGUUACCGCUCCCUCAGAUGGCGCCAGGGCGAUUAGGGAUGGGAAUGGGCAGGUCCCAGACUACGGGAGACCUCGCUGGGGCGGUGGAGAGGCCGGAGGUCAGGCGAAUGGUCAGCGAACCCUCUCAGCCUGAGCUACUCGAAGACGAAGGGGUGAAGGGGCAGGGCCCCGGGCUGGACUCAAGUCUAGAGGGGGAGGAAGACCAGCUCGCCCAGCUCCAUCUAGGCGACUGGAAACCCGGCUUCGCCUCUUCUCUCUUCCGCAAAAAGACACAUCGGGCGUCCCUCCCUUCCCCUCCACACGCGGACAGCGGGUACGAGGAAGAAAUCAUCACGCCUCCCGCACCCAGUCGGCCCGAAUCUCACCUCCUGCCGGAAUCACCACCCCCUCCUCCCGCAUUCAAGCGACAUCUCUCCACGUCCCGCGAUCCGCCGAUACAGGCACGGUCUUACUCUACCUUGUCGGGGUCGGUCCGGACCUCCCAAUCUUCUUCGGUGCACACCUACGAGACCUCCGAUCUCGAACAUCACCAUCAGGCCCACGCCGGUUCCGCGUCUGGAGGAGGAUGCGGGGUGGACGAUCCUGCCGGAUCAAGAUUGAUCGUUUCCACCUCGUCUACCUCUUCUGAGCUCCUCUCCCCUUCCUCCAGACCCACCUCCCUGUCGCGCCAUUCGGACAUCCUCGAAGCUCCUCCUAAACGAUCUUCCUCUCUCCUCGCACGGGAAGAUCUGCCCACCAUCAUCACCCCCACUUCCAAAUACUACCACUUUACGGCCGGUACCACCUCCGCUCGGUCCAGUAUCGACAUCCACCCGCAUACCCAUCCCGACACUGUCGCCGGCCACUUUGAUCGAAGGGGGAGCGAGGCGGAUAUCGUCCCUUAUAAGGCUAGGACAGGACCGCCCCGCCGCGCAUUGCCAAAGCUCCCUCAUGAGCAGCAUGGACGGGACGAGUCGUUGCCCCCGUUACUACCGCCGGCGGACAUUGCGCGGGUACGAUCGGGACUCUCUAUGGGCGCCAGGCUGCCCGUUCUGCCGGAAGGCGGUGGCGGUGGAGGUGGAGGGGUAGGGGCAGAGGUGAGGAUGAAAGGCGUACCAUGGGCGCGGGCUGUGCGUAAGCCGGACGAAGGGGAAGAAGGGAGACAAAGGGUCAUGCGCCAGGUGACGGAGAUGGAGGCGGGCCUGGGUGCUCGAGGACAAGAAGGGGCGGAGAGGUGGAGUAGGGGAUCGGAUGUGAGUCGGAGGGGGAGCGAGGCGAGUCAGGGGGUGGCAGUCAGGGGUGGCUGGGUGUAG